UCUUUCUAUCUCCCCUUUCAGCAUCUGAGGGUUUUACGCUUUCCUCCUCUCUCCAAAACCCCCGAAAACAAAGAGAAUGGAAUCCUUCAGCAAAAUCCAGCCUCCUCUCCAACUCUCUCUUCCCAAUCGUUCUUUCCCAAAACCCCCCUUCUCUUCUGUUUUCUUUCCAAAAACACCCUCCUCCAAACCCCCUUCUACCAAAACCCCGUUCAAAACCCACAAAUCCUUCCUCCUCAAAUCAUCCUCUUCUUCCUCCCAUCACCCCCAAACCCCCUCAUCUUUACCAAAAAAGCCUUCUUUUUUACCAAAACAAUCCUCUGCCCUCCUCCCUUCUACAAAAAACCCCCUCCCAUCCCUCCUCAAAUCCAUUUCCAUCUCCCUCGUCACUGCCGCCGCCCUAUUCUUUACCCGCUUCAAUCACAACCGUUGCAUUGCGGCGCUCCCCACCACAGCCCCUCCAUCCACCGCCCGUUCGUCUGAUGCCACCCCCGAGUCGGAGAAAGAAAGAGAGAGAUCCCUUGAAGAGUUCUUGGACUCCCACCCCGACGACGUAAGCUCGCUCAGAGCCCUUAUGGAGAUAAAGAUCAAGCUCCAAAAACUUCCGGAAGCAAUUGACAUCAUCGAUCGUCUAAUUGCCCUUCAGCCCAUAGAGUCGGAAUGGCCGUUGCUGCGGGCCCACCUCCACCUCUAUGGUGGGGAAGUUGAGACCGCCAAAUCUGCAUUCGAGGAGAUAAUCUCCACUGACCCUUUUCGUGUUGAGGCCUACCAUGGCCUCGCGAUGGCCGCUAUGCAAUCCGAGCCGCAGGACCUCGAGGCACUGAUGAAGAGAAUUGAGGGUGUGAUUGAGCGGUGCAAAAAGGAGAAGAAGGGGGAACUGAGGGAGUUCAAAUUGCUGGUGGCACAGGUGCGGGUGAUUGAAGGGAAGUAUGAAGAGGCAUUGAAGGUCUAUCAGCAGCUUGUGAAGGAGGAGCCGAGGGAUUUCCGCCCUUAUCUGUGUCAAGGCAUUAUAUAUACAUUGUUGAGGAAGAUGGAUGAGGCAGAGAAGCAGUUUGAGAAGUACCGCCGGCUUGUGCCGAAGGGGCAUCCCUAUGCAGACUAUUUCGAUGAUAAUGUGCUUGCUACGAAGGUGUUUUCACAGAUGGCGGAGAAAGAUAGGGCCGGUUUGAAGAGAUGAGGGGAAUUGGGAUGUUGGUUUUUGAAGCAAGAGGCUGUUCGUAUAUAGGCCGGGAAAGCUUGCUCAUCAAGUGAGUCACACAUGCAUUCAAGUAGACUUGUAUAUUGUGAUUUUUUAGCAAUCCAUUUUGCAUACGUUGGUUGUGUCACAACCAACAAACAAUUGACCCACCGGAUUUUGUAGCUAUGGGCUUUUCGCCUUCUUGGCCUGGGUAGGGUGUGUUCUUGAAGAUGGGGUGUUUGGAAAUAGUAUCACAGCCUAUAUAUCUCACCACUGCACGAUUAAACAGAGA